AUUUGUCACAUGACACCGCGUACGGAUCGCGAUGGCGCGAAUACAGCGCGUCCACCUGAAGAAGGCACGAUGGAACUUGCACCGCGGGAACGGCUCAAGAUGGUUUCUGCUCCCCUCUGUCUCCGAAACCGCUUCUUCAUGCGGAACUCUUUGCUGAGUUUCCGCAAUGGCUCCUGAAGCGGACACUCCACAAGCCGUCGCCGGCAUCAAGCCGCUCCCACCAACGACAGUGCGCCAAAUCGGCGCCUCCCAAGUCCUCGUUGACCCCAGCUCGGUCGUCAAAGAACUGAUUGACAAUGCAUUGGAUGCUCGUGCAAGCGCCGUCUUCGUCGACAUCUCAGCCAAUACAAUCACUUCCAUUCAGGUGAAAGAUAACGGCCAUGGAAUUCCCGCGGAGGAUAGAGCCUUGGUUUGCCGACGUUAUUGUACGAGCAAGAUUCGUGACUUCCAGGACUUGCGACAGGUAGGAGGGAAGUGGUUGGGGUUUCGCGGUGAGGCUAUGGCGAGUAUGGCGGAGAUGAGUGGGAGCCUGGAGGUCGUGACGAGGGUGGAGGGGGAGCCGGUCGCCGUGUUGUUGAAGUAUGGGAAGAAUGGAGAGCUUGAGAAGACGGAAAGAGCAUCACAUCCAGUCGGCACCACGGUCAAAGUCACUGACCUGUUCGGCUCCUUCCCGGUGCGCAAACAGGACGCUCUCAAGCAUUCUGCGAAAUGGCUAGCGAGGAUCAGACGGUUGAUGCAGGCAUAUGCUCUCGCCAGGCCGACGGUUCGUUUCCAGCUCCGCGUACUGAAAGCGAAGACGGAUAAGGGCAACUUCAACUAUGCACCCAAAGCAGGUGCCAAAGUAGAAGACGCCGCAUUCAAGGUUAUUGGGAGGAACUGUGCCUCUCAAUGCGAAUGGACUGCGCUGGAGUUCGAGGGCUACGAGGUUCAUGCGUUUCUGCCAAAAGCCGACGCAAUUGGAGAGAAAAUCGCCAACGAGGGUACGUUCCUGGCGGUGGACUCUCGGCCGGUCUCGUCGAAUCGGGGAACUAUGAAGAAGAUCGCAGCUGCUUUCAAAGAACAUCUACGAAAGGCUAAUCCUGCGCUUGCUUCGGUCAAGGACCCUUUUUGUUGCAUGAAUAUCAUAUGCCCGCCGGAGAGUUAUGAUCCUAAUAUCGAGCCAGCCAAGGAUGAUGUUUUGUUCGAGAACCCAGAACUCGUUCUAAGCGCGGUCGAGAAACUCCUGGACUCGUUCUACCCGGUUGCAAAGAGACAAGAGCCGGAGACAGUGCCUCCUUCAAAGCCACAAUUGGACAUUCAGCCACAGUACCUCGAUGUGAAGACAAGCGCAAGUCUACCUCCAGCAGAGGAGUUUGCUUCUAGUCCCUCUAAACCGGAUCCGAAGUGGCGCUCCACAAUGUACGGCGUUGACGAGGAGGACCUCCAUCUGCUGUCAGACAACCCGCCACCAAACUUGGAAGAAGAGGAAGGGGCCCGCGCUGCAGAAGUGUCGAACCCAUGGACCAUAGCAAAAAUGAAUGCCGCUAUGAAACCGAAGAAGCGGCCAGUGAACCCACAACUGUUGACGCCAACGAAAACUCCAGGUGGCCUAUUGAAACAAUCGAGUUCGCCCAUGCCAAUUGUUCAGCCAGCACCGGUCUUGCACUCCUCUGAAUUGACUCCAGAGCGGUCUUCUCCAAUCAAGGCUUCCCAGUCUUCGCUCGAUGCGGAG